AUGGCAAUUGUGGCGUUGGUCCUGGUGUGCUUCUGCAGCAUGCUUGUUGCUCCACCAGUGGAUGGGAUUCCAGCGUCGUCUGGAAGCUUGAUCUUUCCCGCGUGCACGGAUAGCAUCGACAACUGCGGGGUGUGCGGAGGAAACGACCGCGCUUGCUGCUCCUAUCGCGGGGUAUCUGACGGCUCAUCCUGUCAAUGCGACGGCAGCCAACAGCCAGGUGACGCCUGCGGCCGGUGGUGCCACGAAACUGUUGAUGGGUGUGGCGUUUGCGGUGGCACGGGCCGCUCCUGCUGCGCGGAUGGCAGUGUCAUGGACGUGCACACUGGCACUUGCGGUCCCAGGCGAUUCGAGUUACAUGUCCGAGACUACCCAGCCAAUCCAGAUGGGUUUCCCACAACCGUCAUUGGCGUGCUGCAAGCAGACCUGCUUGUUGAUGGCGUCAACGUUCUUGCUUUUCCCGGGCCUGUGCUUCGUUUUGUACGCGGUGAUCAGGUGGAGGUCACCUUGGUGAAUGACUUUCACGAAAAGGUGUCGGGCCUGCACUGGCACGGCCUGCAUCAACUCAACAAUGCGUGGAUGGAUGGCACCUUUGGCAUCACCGAAUGCGGCGUGAGCCCUGGCACAAGCUUCACCUACGCUUUCGAGGUCACACAGACAGGUUCUUUCUGGUACCACUCCCACGUGCAUGCCCAGUACACAGAGGGCUUGCAAGGCGCCAUCAUCUCCGAGUACGCAGAGGAUGAGACAGACCCAGUCCAAGCCCAAUUUCCUUACGAGCUGGAUUACUCCAUCAUGCUCAUGGAAUGGUUUCACGAGCCAGGGCGAGACCAAGCCACGCACUUUGACGGCCCCAUCGCCGCCUUCCCAAACUACACGGCAGAGUACCCCUGGCCGCCGAUAUCCGCCCUGAUGAACGGCCGGGGCUGGUUCAACUGCUCCCGCAUUCACCGCUGCGAGGAGCAGGUGCCUGGCGCGGGCUCAGGGACCAUCGACAACCUCAAAACCGAAUGCCGCCUCCUGCGCCGCCCGUUCUUCCAUGAGCAGUGCCGCUCAAAUGAGGAGUGGCUGCCUAGGGUCACCAACCACUACUACUGUCCGCAAGGACAAAACAUCCGCCUUCGAUUGGUGUGCAGUUCCGCCAACAUUCCAAUGCGGUUUUGGAUUGACAAGCACAACCUCACCAUCGUUGCACGUGAUGGCGACGAGAUUCAGCCAUACGAAGUCGACUUUGUGACCGUUGUCGUGGGGCAGCGCAUCGACGUGAUUGUUCCCUGCAAUGCCCAAGUCACGGGCGUCAACUAUCCCGUGUUCGUCAUGUACACAUCGGCCAAUCCAGCCUUCUUCCCCGCACCCGAACGUCCAGAGCCUGGCCUGUAUGACAAUGUCUGGAGUUUCUCCUACCUGCGGUACACCAGUGCCAGUGACUCCACUGCUGUAGACCUUUCCAACCUGUACUCGUCCCUGCAGGCGCCCAACCCCGACCCAGAGCAGCCGGACGUGCACCUCGGCGACUUUGACAUUUUCACGGACGGCGACACCUUGAACGAGUACAAAUACCGCCCUCUGCCAUCCGCCGCAAGUGCUCCUCCAGCUACCCGUCGCAUCGUGCUCGACAGCCGCGUCAUCCCCGGGUCCUCCCCAGGCGAUGAGCUGGAGUGGUGGUUCACGAACGACGAAUCCUUCAAGCCCCCGCCCGAGCCGCUUCUGCUUCAGAAGUACUUCACGCCCAAGAAGCCCCAGCUCAUCUUUGGUCCAGAACAAGGCCCUGAGCCAAACACCGCAUUCACCACCUCCAUUAUCAACAUUGAACAGGAUGACGUGGUUGAGGUUGUUAUCGUUAGCCGCAGUUCGCAGCAGCACCCGUGGCACCUGCAUGGCUAUACGGUUUGGUUCCUUGGUGCAGAGGUUCUUGUCCCCGACCCUGACGACCCACCCGCAAACGUGGAGGAGAUUAUCACUGAUUUCAGCUACAGCGGAGAAUUUGGCGACCUCUCAGACACUGUGUCCAACGUUUCUCUUGGCGAUUCUUGGACAGUGCCUCCAUAUGGCUACAUGGUGUUCCGCUUCCACGCAAACAACCCUGGCCCGUGGUUGCUGCAUUGCCACGUUGACUGGCACCUGGCUUUGGGCAUGGCACUGGUCCUUGACGUGCAUCGCAAUGACAAGUACCAAGGCCUUCAGAAGCCGCCGCAACUCAUGCCGGUGUGUGGCAGUCGGCAGCGAGCGUACGCACUCUCUUCCGCGUCCCACCAUGGGGCUGCCACAUGGACGCUUGCUGCCUUUGUCACUCUCGUGGUGUUUCUCAUGCGCCACUAA